AUGUCGUUGGUGAGCGAUGAUCAUCCCCCAGCAGCUCCUCGGAUCGAUGCAGAGAAAUCCCAACAAGAAUCCCUCGUGAAGGAAGAACCAGAAGGUCGGCUCUUGGCAAAGCUGCAAGCAUCUGCGGGGUCAGUGAUGGAUCUGGAUUCAAGCAGCGACGUGCUGCCGGAGAUGGACAAAGAAAGCAAAAACGCUCCGGCUGCAGAAUCGAAACAAAAAGCAAAGCCGCAAAUGAUUUCAUACAACGAAGACGACUUGGAUGCCUUGCAAGAGAUCAUGAGAUGUUGGUGCGCAAUGUGCUGCAAGACAGCGCAGAAAGUCGUGAGCUGCGCUGGCUGUUGGAGGGACUAUGCAAGGCGCACCGAAAAGAAUUGCCCACCCCAGUGCCUGAAGCACCGCGCAGUGACGCGGGCAUAUGGGCAAGAUGGCUGGGGUGACUACCUGCGCGGCAUGGACCCGGACACAGCAAAGAGCGUUUAG